AUGAACAAGAACCAAGACCGCCCGAGCCACGGAACCGAGCACCAGCCGCGCGCGCCGCAGCAGCCGCGGCAGCCGGAGCAGCAGAGGCACGAGCCCAUCGGGCAGAGGCCCGCCGGGGCCGGGGCCGGGGCCGAGGCCCAGGGCCGCCCGUCGGACGAGCAGCAGCCGGGCCAGGAGCCCCGGGGCUCGAGCGACAGGAUACCCCCGGGCCGGCCGCUGGACCAGCGCAAGCUCACCGAGCAGGAGCGCUUCAGCGAGUCGAUCCACGGCGACCCGACGUCCAAGCCCUUCAGGCAUGAGCCGGAGGGCCGCCUGGCCGAGGCGGCCCCGGGCGGUCAGAAGGCCAGCCCCCCCGGUGCCGAGGGCGGCUCGCAGCAGGGUGCUGGCCGGCCUCUGUGAGGGGGCUGCGGCCAGCGCGCGGGCCGUGCCGCUGUGAGGAGGGCCCGGGCGGCCCCGGGGCGCAUUGUCCGCCGCCCCCUGUGGCCCUGGGCCGGGGGUGCGCCGAGGCGACCGGCGUUAUGGCCCGCGCGAGGGGCCGGCCAUCCGCUGGCG